AUGCAGCUCGGUCAGGAUGACCUUGCUCAAGAGCAAGACCAGCACAGGCUCGACUCGACCGCGAGGACGGCGCCCGUGACGUCGUCCCCAUUGGCACCGGCGUCCCUGCCCGUUGUACCCAACCACUCUGGAGAGGAGUCAUCCUCGUCCAUAUCUGCUGGGCUCUGCUCGGACGAGUCGCCGCCGCGCCCGUCGCGGUCCAUUCUGCGCAAGUCCCGGGGGACGGACCUCACGAUGUUGCUGCUUGAAGCUGAAAACCUACACGCAGAGGUCGCUACCCUCCUCGAUAAGAUAUACGAGAUCGAAGAGCUCCGCCAUUCCCCGUCUGCCCGAUCCGGCCAUGCUACCAGAUUGGACGGACUUUUGUCGGAACUGGAAGACUCGAUCCAGGCUCUCAGCAAGCGCAUGUCGACCUUCGAGGUCGGCCCGGAGAGCGACCCCUCAGGUGUGCUUGCCCCCCUUCGAGCAGACUGGACCAAGGUCCUAACCCAGCACGCACAGCUCAAGCAGGAGCUGCAAGAAGACCCAUGGCUCAUCCGCUUUCGCACUACCGCAGAUCAAGCGCAGGACAUGAUGGAUCCAUUACAGAACAGUCUCCAGGAUGUGACAUCGUACGUUGGGCGGAUCCUGUCGUCUUUGGCUCCGGUACCGAUGUCGGCACCAGAUGGCAAGCUCAGCAUCGAGCGACUACGAAGGCUUGUAGCUGGACAUGCGAGAUUGAAAGUCGCAUAUGUUCCAAGUGUCAACAAGAUUCUGCGCAUCAUGGACAAGAGCGUCGCGGAGCGCGUGGUCAAGAACGGAGAAGCUUUGCGACGUGUCGCGGACAUGCAGCAACGAUGGAGCGCGCUGCAACGCCAGCUCGGCCACCUUGACGACAAGUCUACAACGAGUGUUGAGCGCUGGCUCCGCUUUACCGACUGCUCGGCAAUCGUUGUUUCCCCCGACAGCUCCGAGGACUGGCUCGAUCACGCCCAACGCCCAGCGCUCUGUGAGGCGAAUCCAGUCACGACCCUCUCUUCCUGUCACCUCUCCUUUAGAUCGUCCAAGGUGGAACGCGUCAACCCGGCCGUUCGACCCUCCCACUACCCCGCCUGCUCUAAGACGCCCGAGCCAAGGGAGCCAGAAUUCGUUGGGGAUGUCGGCGUCGAUCGGAAGACGUCCGAGCCAGGCGAGCAUCGUAUCUGCGUUCGGUACGCAUUCUCUUCGCCGUGUUGGAAGCCCGACUUUUCCCUCUCCUCCUGGGUCGACCGGACCGCGUAUGCCGCACAGCCAAGACCAGCGGGCCGCCAAUCGUUCGGGGCCUCACUUGGGAGGGUGCCACCGUCCGCCUUCCGCGUCGUGUCGCCAGCCCCGUCCAUGCCACAUCGACCCUUGUCCCGCAUGUCCGUCGGCUCAGUGGUCUCCUCUCAUUUCCCAGUGCCAGGCAGGCCCUUCGUUCCGAGCAAGUAUGACUUGCUGGAUCAGGAGGUGCAAAAGGUAAUCGACCUCGUGCAGCCCAACAUUCUCAUUAGGAGGUUGGACCCGCCUCUGCGUCGCGGCCAAAGGAAGGCGGAAGGCGAGCCGUGGGCGGGGGAGUUUGUCUUCGGAGGGGGAGAGCGGAGCACGAGCGUCAAGCUGCUUGAGCUGCCCGGGCGCGGGCCGCCUGGCGCACCUAGGCGAGUCAAGGUCAUGGUGCGGGUGGGAGGCGCUUGGAGUGACCUUAAGGUCCACCUACAGAAGAAGAAGGAGGAUGCUGUAAGCAUCGCGACGAGUUAG